AUGUCUACAGACCAUCUUAACAUUGAAUUUGCUCUUCAUCAAAUUCCAGAACGUUUAUUGGAUGAAUCAAAAAAUCCAAAGCCGCACGUUCACUCUAUCGAGAAGUAUAACGAACUCUACCAAGAGAGUAUUUCUAAUCCUAAAGAAUUUUGGGGAAGGUGUGCCAAAGAAUUCCUUCACUGGCAUAAACCUUUUGAGACCGUUUUAUCCGGCGGUUUCGAGCAUGGGGAUAUUUCAUGGUUCCAAGAGGGUCAAUUAAACGCCUCCUAUAAUUGUGUUGAUAGGCAUGCUAUUAAAGAUCCCGAUAAGGUUGCCAUCAUUUAUGAAGCUGAUGAACCUGGUCAGGACCGUAAGAUUACAUACGGUCAGCUAUAUCGUGACGUUUGCCGUUUUGCCAAUGUUUUGAAACAUCAUGGUUUAAAAAAAGGGGACACUGUCGCGAUUUAUAUGCCUAUGGUACCGGAAGCUGUUAUAGCCUUUUUAGCUUGUGCUCGUUUGGGAGCCGUCCAUUCUGUGGUCUUUGCCGGUUUCUCUUCCGAGGCUUUAAGAGAUCGUAUCAAAGAUGCUGACAGCAAAAUUGUUAUUACUGCUGAUGAAGGUUGUCGUGGUGGCAAAAUUAUUCAUACCAAAAAGAUUGUCGACGAUGCGUUGAAGGAGUGCCCAAAUGUAAAACGUGUUUUCGUGUUCCGCCGUACUGGUUCUGAUGUUCCGUUCAAUCCCUCAAGAGAUUUGUGGUGGCAUGAAGAAAUUGAGAAACAAAGACCUUAUUGCCCACCUGAAAUUGUCAAUGCUGAAGAUCCUCUCUUCAUACUUUAUACUUCCGGUUCUACGGGUAAACCGAAGGGCGUUCUUCAUACCGUUGCCGGUUAUUUACUAGGGGCUGCCGUGACCUUUAAAUAUGUAUUUGAUUAUCAUGAAGGAGAUGUCCAUGGUUGUAUGGCUGACAUUGGCUGGAUUACUGGUCACACCUACAUUAUUUACGGUCCGUUGAUCAACGGUGCUACCACCGUACUAUUUGAGUCUACGCCUAUAUACCCUUCGCCGUCAAGGUACUGGGAGACCGUGUCAAAACACAAAAUCACUCAAUUUUAUACUGCGCCUACCGCCAUUCGGCUGUUGCGUAAAUAUGGUCGUGAACACGUGGAUGGACAUGAUCUUUCAAGUUUGAGACUUAUUGGAUCUGUAGGUGAACCCAUUCAACCAGAAGCCUGGGAAUGGUAUAAUGAGGUGGUCGGAAGAAAUGAAUGUGCUAUCAUUGAUACUUAUUGGCAAACCGAGACCGGUUCGAUUAUUAUCUCUCCAUUCCCCGGUGCCGUGAUGACAAAAGCAGGUUCUGCCACCGUCCCUUCAUUUGGUAUCGACCUUGUCAUAUUAGAUCCGCUCACAGGACAAGAGAUAAAAGAAACCAAGGCUGAAGGCGUAUUGGCCAUUCGUCAGCCGUGGCCUUCGAUCGCGCGUACUGUAUAUAAUAAUCAUGAUCUAUACCUUCGAACCUAUUUGCACCGUUAUAAAGGUUAUUACUUCACCGGGGAUGGUGUUGGCAGAGAUUCUGACGGAUACUAUUGGAUUCGAGGUCGUGUUGAUGAUGUCAUAAACGUAUCGGGGCAUCGCCUCUCCACUGCUGAAAUUGAAGCCGCCUUGAUCAUUCAUCCAUCGGUGGCCGAAGCUGCCGUGAUUGGUGUUCACGACGAUCUGACAGGUCAAGCUGUGCACGCAUUCACCACGCUAAAGCCACAUUGUGAAAGUACCGAUUUGGGAGAACUGACUCUCCAAGUACGUAAGGUAAUUGGAUCAUUCGCGACCCCCAAAAAAAUUUAUGUUGUUAAGGAUCUACCAAAGACUCGAAGCGGAAAAAUCAUGAGAAGAGUUUUGAGGAAAGUUGUUGAUGGAGAAACGGAUCAAUUGGGCGACCUAAGUACUUUAUCGAAUCCCACGUUAAUCGGACCUUUAAUUGAAGCAGUGAAGAAUUCAUAA